CUGUACGGAGCUCACAGUGAGAUGUACCCGAGGAUACGUGUGUUUUGUAUUUGUGUGUGAGGCGUGAUUUUUAUCUGUAAUCUGUGAAUUUGUCGCUUUUAUUAGGAGAUGGUGGCGGAUAUUCGAGGUGAAAAGUGUGUGUAAAGGUGGUUUAAUGGGCCGGUUGGAUCCUGUUGAGAAAUAAACAGCUCUUUUACUUGCUGUGGUCUGUGUGUCCAGCUCACGUUUACAUUCACAAACACUUUAGAAGAUAGUGUGGAGUGAGAUAGAAACUUGAUAUCAGUGACUAAUAUACAUCACAGAUCACAGUGUUCUGGAGCUUCUGAACCAAUUCACAAGAGAAUGCAGAAGGAAGAGCGGAAGAAAACUUACCACUGCAUGCAGUGUAGGAUGAGUUUUACAUGUCGACGUCAUUUCCAAAUACACAAGCGCACUCACACAGGACAGAAGCUGUUUUACUGCUCACAGUGUGAUAAAUGUUUUCCUUAUCAGAGUCAUCUCCAAAUACACCAGCGUGUUCACACUGGGGAGAAACCUUUUUACUGCUCACACUGUGGGAAGAGGUUUAGAGACCAAGGUAACCUCAAAACACACGAGCGCAUUCACUCAGGAGAGAAGCCGUUUUACUGCUCGUUGUGCGGGAAGACUUUUACUCAGCAGAGUACUCUCCAACAACAUGAGCGCAUUCACACAGGAGAGAGACCAUUUUCUUGCUCAGACUGCGGUAAAAGAUUUACUCAGAAGAUCCAUCUACAGAUACACUACCGCACUCACACUGGAGAGAAGCCGUACCACUGCUCUGCGUGCGGGAAGACGUUUAAGCAGCUGAGCAAUCUCCAACAGCAUCGACGCACUCAUACAGGAGAGAAGUCGUACUGCUGCGCCGUGUGUGGAAAUAAUUUUGCAGAACUCUGUAGUCUUCAACAACACCCCUGCAUUCACAAAGGACAGAAACAGUUUUACUGCCAACAUUGUGGAAAGUGUUUUACAGAAAAAGCCAAUCUUAGACAACACAAGCGCAUUCACACUAGAGAGAAACCGCAUCAGUGUUUUUACUGUGGGAAGCAUUUUACCCAAAUGGGUAAUCUCCAACGGCAUCAGCGCGUCAAACAUUACAAUCUCAAAUAGGCCAGAGCAGAGUGUGGCAAAUUAAAUCUAUAUCACUUGAUCUGUUUAGUGGUGAGUUAAAUGGUUAAAUGUCUAUUAUGCAAAUGAGAACACUAAAACACUAAUAGCUAAUAUUUUCAUCAUUUAAACACUUUAGGCCUUGUUAUACUACUUUUUAACACAUACGUCUUGUGCGAACAAAACAAUGUAUUAAGCAAAAGAAAAUGAACAACCCCAUGAACACACUGUGACAUACCUGACUGGUCAGUGCCUAUUGUAUUUACAGCAUGAGGCCUAUUGUAAUGUACAUGGGAAUUACCAUAAUGUUUUUUGCAACAUAUGUAAAAUAUGAAAAUCUAAUAUGAGGACAUGUGUUUAUCAUUAAUCAUAUGUAACCAAGUAAUAUGCAGUGUACCUCAGAUGGCCUCACAUUACAAUUAUAUUGUAUGGUAACAUGGCUAGUUUUAACAAUUUUUUAAAGUAGCAAAUAGCAAGUUACUAGGGAUUUCAUCCCUGCUUGACGUUGUAAGGAAAGUGCUAAAAUUGUCUACAGCAUGGUUCUAAACAUAUGUUUGAUAUUAUGACCUUUGUAUCGCCAACUGUACAUAAAGUCUCAGCCCAGACAGUCUUGAAUUUUAAUUAAAUAUAUAUUUUUUCUUUUGGUUUUGUGUUAUAUGCCAGUGUGAGUGUGAAACACACAUUAGAACGUAAAUUACUCAAAGUGAUAAAGAUAAUUUUUUUUAUGUAAGUCCAAAGGCUGCAGAUUAUUAUAAAAAACAUACUUUGUCAAAAAAUGUUUGAAGCUGAAAAAUAGAUAAAGAAAACAGACAUGCAACUGAGCAAUCUCCUGGCAACAAUCUAUGAACUCUCAAGUCAAUUGUUCAAAAAAAUGUGGUUCUUUUCCGUACAUAUGUUGUUUAGUCCUCAGAAUGUGCUCCUCAAGUCAUUGAAGAUGUCUGUAACAAAUAUACUUGUCUGUAAGUAUGUUCCUCUCAUUAACUUUUAUGAAUAAAAAUGUAUUUCAGUUGCAAUUUAGAGGUUCUGUGUCAUGGUUAUGUGUCUGGUUAUGAAGGCAGAGAUAUGAGUGUCCUUAGUGUUGUUGUAAGUAUCAAUAAAAUGUUUCUGUUCAUAAUACAA